AUGUGCACAGCCAAAAAUUUCAUCAAAACAAAUCCGCUUACAGGAAAUGAAACUCUAGAAGCCAAAACAUUAUCUACAUCAACCCGUGAGGGCUCAAAAGACACGGAGACACCAGAUAUUCGCGUGCAAUCUUGGAAGUCAACAGAUGAAAGCAAGAACACACGCGCUGAUCUGUACCAUCUUGGAAUAGAAAUGUGUUCUGCCACAAAGACUGCGUUAAAAUUUCCAACAAGAAACAGUGUGUUCAGGAGAAUCAGCGAAGAGAGAAUGGCGGCGCAAAAAGACGAUGGAAAACUGAAGCCAGAAGAUAAGUCGGCCAGAAGAAGAAAGCAAAGCUUGUCGCUAGAUCCACAACUAUUACUCCAGUGGGCUGCGACUUACAAUGAUGUUGAUACCUUAAAAAAUGUAGUGGAAGGUACAAAAGUCGACCUUAAUGCUCCAGGAGUCGAUGGGUCGUAUGCCUUGCACCGAGCUGCAAGCACAGGGAGCUUUGAAUGUCUUCAGUACCUCGUGACAAAAGGUGCGCAGUUAGAAGUUCGCGACAAAGAAGGAUCCUCGCCGCUGGAUGCCGCGGUUUACGAAGGAGAAUUUGACUGCGCGCGCUUUCUAAUCGAAAAAGGCGCGAGUAUAAGUCACAUAAAGGACGGAUUUACAGACAGGAAUCUGGUUAAGAUACGAGGACGAGAGCGAGCCAUGACUUUCAUGUAGCCGGCACACAACGUCAUUAAUGAUGAAAGUUGCGUUGCAGUUCCAGGGAGAAGUGUUCUUGACAUUUUGUACUCGCUUGGAUCAGUGAAUGAAAUCUGCCUCGCCGUUACUAGUUCGAGUUGAACAUUGAUUAAAUAAUUGAUUACUUGGAAAGUAAUCGACAUGAAGCUGUAUCGAGGAAGAGUCUUCUGAAAUCUGAAGUUUUUUCAGUUCGCACAUUGAAUUUGACUACAGCUGCGUCAAUGACAUUGGCGCUCUCGAAGACACAUGUGAGAACUGUUUGCUCAUCAUUUUCUCUACUGUUCUGAUUACUCGCUCUAAAGUGCUUCAGGUGACUAAUAUGUCUAAACUGAGUCGAGGACAGCGAGGAUAGCACGAUUCACGAUUAAACUUGCAAAAAACAGUUUGGAUAAUUAUUUUUUAGAGUUAUCCAUGGAUCAUUCGCAUGGCACUACAGGUUUCGUUUUGAAGGAACUAUCUAUCUUUUGGUUGAAAGCGUGAAACAAAAACCUGUGCUUAAUGAAAAAAUUAAAAUUGCGAAUGGAAAUACAAAAAACUACUUAAGUUGAUAACUGUCAUUCAGCUGUAAAAGCCACCGGGGUAAUAGGGUUUCGAAUGUUAAAAUUACUAUCACGAUCGUACUCGCAACUUGAGACCUUACAUGUAAGAUACAAAUGAUCGUUAUUAUAAAAGGUGCGUUAGUUUCUCAUAGAUUUCGGAUAUUUGUGACCCUGUGUGGCGUUCUGUGAUGAGAAAAAGCCUGAUUUAUGGCAUUUUAAUUUUCCUGAACUCACUUCGUUGAUUCUGAUCUUAAUUUGUUUGUCUUGUUUAUAAUCUCGUUGUCAGUCAUCAUUCCAACGAGGUUGAUUACUAGUGUCAACAGACAGCUACAGAGGGUUUGUUUAGAACUUCCUUAUGCUUAAAGAACGGUUAUCCGUAUCACGAAGCAUAUUGGAAGCGUAUUAAUCAAGUUUCUCAGUUUUCACGCGAAUCAGCGGCCUAGUAUUGACAUGAAGACGCUUUUGUCCGCCUACACAAUGAAAGAGAAAAAAAAGUUCAGACGUACUGGAUUUCAACGCUUGACUGAGUCAAAUUACCAAUUCACCCGCAAGCAAGCGGCUAGUUGCCCGAAUUAGCGGCAAGGAGAAGCAAUGCAUGAUAUAGUUAGGGACUGUUAAAUAGUUGUUAUCGAGAGAAAUGUUCUAUAUGACAAAUGUGUCAGGUCGAAUAAAGCCACAAAGCUGUAGGUCGAUGAUGCAUAUUUCACUGAUGAAUCCAAUUAAUGAACAUGUGUUUCUAUUUGUGUUUUGUGUUGUUCUUAAACAGGAACAAUAGUCGACCUGUGCCACUUAACCUACGUUAAAGCACUUCAUAUACACAUAUCUUAAUUAUAACGGCGCAUAAUGCCAAGGCCGGCGGAACAGCCUCUUUAAACAAGGAACAUAUUGGCCAUGGAAGACACAUCAUACAAUAGCCCCAACACCUUUUUCGGUCUUAACUCGACCAGUUAGGAGCGGUCAUUCUCGCAGACAAGAGCUUUACUUUUCUUUUCUUUUUUUUCUAUACCUAACUCUUACUUUUAUAUAGCCUUGCCUUAUGGCGACUUGAAUAGCGCUGGUAGGAAUGUUCUGGUGAGAGUCAAGAAGCAGACCACCACCCCCUCCCUGAUAUAACUAAUUGGCGAGUCAGGUUCGUUCUUGCAAACUCUCUUGAAACUAAAUCCAAUGAAGUGACUAAAAGCGCUCUUCAUAUUGAAAAUAAUACUGAACUAAGAACCAUGUUGGUCGGUUGAAUGUGUGCAAGACGAUAGUUUGACAAACACCUCUGCAUGGCAGAACGACACAACUCGAUCAGAUCUUAAUAUAUCUGAGCACAUAGUUGCCAACUAUGCAAACUGUUUCUCAGGGAGAACCAUUUUCGUUUCUGUUUGAGAACCAGAUUAUUAAGAAACCUUAUUUUAUCGUGCAGAGAUAUAAAUAGAUCUUCGCUGACACUAACCUAAUGUUGAUACUUAAGGAUUUCAACAACGCAGAGUAUUCCAGUUUUGAUCCCUCUCUCUCACAUUACAAAAGCGAUGAAUUGAAUAUUUUCAGGGCAAAAUGGAUGCAGUAUGUCCUGACGUUAUUUUUCAAAAUUUCACUUAAAAUUUCACAAACAAGCUGUAAUACAACCAUCUGAACAAUUAAGAUCCACAGUACUCUGCAGUUACAGACCUCCUGCAACUGUGGUGAUAGAGAGAUAUGCAUCAGCCAACAGAACAUGUAUUCAUCAGCCAGAAGAACAUGUCUUCAUGAUUGUAAAGAUACGACUGAUUUAGCUUCUCUGAAACUCCGCCAACGGUUGACAGGAUUUCAUUAGCGACAAAUUAGCUUGAGGUUUUUCUUGGCUAAUCAGAUGAUAGAUUAUUUAAUGAGCAGUUUCAGUUUUCUGGAACCACAACUGACAUAAACGAUUUUCCCCUGGUUAAUUUUCUUUUUGGAAAACCAACUGAAUCGAGUCCAGUGACUUCCCAGACGUCUUCCCACAAAUCACGAAGAUCUACUUCACAAUUGAUCACCAGUAACCUUAGCAACAAAAACGGACCCGAGGACCCGGAGGUCAUGAGCUCGCUGUCACAGUCGGUUGCUAUAACAACUAAUUUAAUCAAAAAUUGCCAUGAUUGACUGUAAAAGGCCUGCAUGCAAAUAAAUGCAUGCAAACAAAUAGCUUGAUAAAAAUGACAAAAACCGGCGUAGUAAAUGACACUCAGCGAUUCUUGCUCUUUCGCCUUAGAAGGUGCGCGAAUGAACCAAAAAUAAUAAUAAUAAUACGAAGAAGCAUCAGCCUUUUUAUGGAAACACGGGUGAAGUUAUUUAAUUUACUGGUAAUGCUUGGCAAUAAUUUUGUUCUGAGGUCACGGUGCAUUAGCUCUUAGUAAACAACGCUAGCAUUUGUAACGAAACAGCUCUUAAAAGCAAUGCCCGCUUUGAGCGAAGCAGUGUUCCUAUGUCUAUUUUCGACGAUUUUACAACAAGUUUACUCGCUGAAUAAUGGUCUUGCAAUAACUCCACCAAGUAAGUAUUUAGUUUUUGUAGCCUGCAACUGCUAAAGAAACUAAAUUUCACAAAAAAUUAUAAACAAUUCAAUAUUUCUCGAGGCAGAAUUCAGACCUGGUCAUGAAUAAUUUUGUUCAAAUUCUGGCAAUCGUUUGCUAAAAUUAUUGCAUUUUACCUCGGUUUCCCAGUCUACACGACCUUGCUAUCAUGACCUUGUUUUUCUAUGUUUGUAAAAUUCGAUUCUCCCUUUAUUAUUUCAUUUCAUAAUUUAUCACCAUUUUACUUGGUGACAGUGCGUUCUUUAUCCCUGUUUGGUACCUGUUAGACUUGUCGAGAGAUCAGUAAAUAUUGAUGGAAGAAAACAUGUUUUUCCGUGGUUGGCUCACAACAAGAUAAUAAUUUGAUCUCAGUAAAUGCACAUCUCGCGCUACAUUUGUUGUUGUAAGCUGAUCUUUGGUAUUUAAAAAAGACAUGAUUUAUACGAGUAGGCAAAAUCUUUUUAGCGACAAAGUGAACCAAAAUAAAAGCCGAUUGAAUAAAAUAUUUCGAAGCGAAUAUCGAUGGUAUUCACCGACGAGAGAAAUGCUAGCGUAAGUUUAAAAAAUUCGCGAUUUAGAAAGAUUUUCAGUUAAGCUCAUGUUAGAUCCUUUGAAUUUGCUGAUUAGGGUACAAAGUUGGAGAGCCGUGAGAACGAACGAAGGUCUAAUUUGUCAUCACCUAGCAACAACUCAUCAACCUUGUCCCUAAGGCACCUCCCCUUUUUGAGGGGGAAGUACCUUAGGUACGAGGUUAAGAAGUGUUAUGGAGACCGCUGGCUGAGAAUUCGUGUUUUUUACGGGCAUGAACCUUUUUUCUUGGUAUCAGUCGAUUGACACUGAACCUAAUGAUAGAAAAUAUCUUAGUUAUCAUAUGAGAUCACAAUUUUUUUUAUGACAAAACGCGGUAUCAAAGAAUCCUUCCCUUUUCACAGGGAAGGACAUUCUUCAACAGGCAUACUUGAUAGUUCUCCAGUUACACACCAAAUUUAGAAAUAUUACAGCUAGACGGGUUUAUCAAAAUUCCAGAGUUCACUGAACUCACCCACGAGUCAUUGAUCGAGUCAAGAAUGCAUCAUUUUUAGUGCAAGAGCUGAAUAGCUUUGAUAAUUACUUCGUAUACUAUGAAAAUAGUUACUUAUGGCGUACUCUUCCAUCUUAGCCAGUUUGAAUUAACAUCACGUUUCUCCGUUGUGUAAGGCAUGUGAGUAUGCAUGGAGCGAUCAUUGUUAGAUGAUUUUUCUGACGUCAUCUGUGUUCCUGUUGUCCGAAAUUGAGAUUCAAACGAGAAGAACCUUUAGAAUAUCUUCUCUUGACAUAAAAUCAAAUAAAUAUUGAGAAAUUUUUGUGUAUGUUUAUUCCAGUGGGAUGGAUGUCGUGGGAGAGAUUUCGCUGUGUUACUGAUUGCGAGAAGGAUCCUAAAAACUGCAUUAGGUAAAACUCGUGCAACUCAAGAUGUUUUGAACAAAUGAAUCGAGACUAUUGAACACGAUAGCUUACAUUCACUACUUGCAAAAACCAAAAUUAGAUUGACUGAUUGAUUGAUUAAUUGAUUGCUUUAUUGACUGAUUAAUAGACCGAUUUAUUGAUUGAUUGAUUGAUUGAUUGAUUGAUUGAUUUGACUGCAGUGAAAGACUUUACAUGGAAAUGGCAGAUGCAAUGUACUUUGGUGGUUACAGCAAUGUUGGCUAUAAAUAUAUUUGUAUUGAUGUAAGUAAUCCACCUGCUAAUUAACAAUUACCACCCAUACUUUAGUUUUCGCUCUUGACUCUAUCGCUUUAUCUUUUGCACCUAAUGCUUGGUUUUUCAGAUUUUAGGUUUUCUCUGUGGCCUUAAUUUCCAUUUCUUAGUGCUCUCUUCAAUUACUUUCUGUGCGCCUAGGACUGCUGGACAGAUAUGAAUCGAACUAAAGACGGUCGCCUGCAAGCGGAUCCAAAACGUUUCCCAAACGGAAUUAAAAAGCUGGCAGAUUACGUAUGUAGAGCAAUAUGUUUUACGUCAUCUCACUUGUCUCUGAUUCUUCUGAUUUCAUGAUAUAUUCAUUGGAGUUGUUGUCGAAGAAGGUCAUUCCUCCUCGAGGCUUAUGCAGAUUUACACUUUGAUGAUAUUUUCAGGUUCAUGCAAGGGGACUUAAGUUAGGAAUCUAUGCAGGUACCGGCCUUGGUCCUUUAUAAUUCACUUAUCUUGAAACUUCCUGUUUUUCCGGACUUGUCGUCAGAUCAGUCUGUAACCUUCUGAUUUCUUUGAAUGAUUUCAGAUUAUGGAAUCAAGACAUGCGCAGGCUACCCAGGGAGUAUUCAUCAUAUAAAGAAAGAUGCACAGGUUUCUGCAUCAGUUGAAAAGAUCGCACUCUAAAAUUCACUCUUUUUUUUUUUCUCGUUCACAGUGGGCAAAUAAUUUUAUUGUCACUCUAAGUUGGUAUUUCUUUUCAGACAUUUGCAGAUUGGGGAGUAGAUUACCUCAAGUUAGAUGGUUGUUAUGCAAACCCCAAAGAGAUGGAUAAAGGAUACCCAAAGUUUGCCAAGGCACUGAAUAAGACAGGCCGCCCCAUAGUGUUUUCAUGUAGUUGGCCUGCUUACCAAGUCUUCAUGGGCAUGAAAGUGUGUAUAACAUUGUUUCUAACGAUGCAAGUUUUGUUUAAAAAGUGGUUUGCACCAAUCUAAGGUCAUUAGCUCGUCUUUGUUUUGAUUUUGUUUUGUAAAGCGUGCAUGGGGGCUGAAAUUUUUUCGGAUUUGAUCAUAGUGAAAGCCAAAAAAAGGGAUGCAAAAUCGAAAAAAGGCUCAGAAUAACUUUCUUUUCAUUAAUCAUCUCUAAUGCUACAUCACAGCUAAUGUAAUAAUGUUAUUCGGGUGCUGGGCUGUGGCGUAAGAUCAAAACUUGAAAUUCGUGUUUUGUAAAUUAAUUUUUAGCCCAACUACAAGAAGAUCGCGAAACACUGCAAUCUAUGGAGAAAUUAUGGUGAUAUACAGGUAAAUGUAAAAUUAAUAACGCGUAUUGCCGCCAUGAUUCACUUUUCUAUGCGAUUUGGGGGGAAAAGGGUUAACAUACAUGUUGGAUUUCUCCUUCCUUACUGUAGGAUAUAUCGAAUUAGACAUAUUUCGAAUUUAAAACUUUAUAGGCUGAAUUUUAAUCUUAGAUCUUCAAAUCGUGGUUAGUGAUGUUAUAGGGCACUCAAAAUUACCGGCUUUUAAAUUGCAGGAUUCAUUCCAAAGUUUGGUGAACAUUUUCAGUUGGUAUGGAGACAACCAGGAUGACAUGAUACCAGUGGCAGGCAGUGGAAACUGGAACGACCCUGAUAUGGUCAGUGGACUCUCACUGAAAUGCAUGCGCACUCGGUGUGUCUCCCUGUACCAUCAAUCCUCUCUCCAGACUUCUCUCUUUGAUCCCAGCGACAUCAGCAGAUUUAUAUCUUUAUUUUGCAAGUUCAGCUACAAGAAAAUUGCAAAAGAAACACGACUUUAAAUCGACGUAGAAAUGGUUCACUUUUUCAUGUUUGCCCUUUACUUUUCUACAUUUUCUAUAUUUUGACCAUACCGCAAUCAAUGUGCCUGAAAAUCUAACCAUUCUGUUGUUAUAAAACAAAUUGUUUUGACUUUUCUUUUGUGAAUGAUGUAAUGAUCAGUUUAUUCUCCAUGAAACGAGAUCCAGAUUCUGCCAAACCCAACCCAUACCAUACUCUGGCACGAGAAAACAUGAGCUUUUCAUCAGUUAGUUAAUUGAGAGCAUAAGAACUAUCGUGUUUCUUGUUUAACCUGCAUGAGUGACAUGUUCCGGUUCUCUCUUUCAGCUGAUUAUCGGAAACUUUGGUCUCAGUUAUGAACAGUCAAAGCUACAGUUUGCUCUUUGGGCCAUAUUGGCAUCUGUGAGUAUCCCCAGUGACGGGAACAGUCCCUCGUGAACGAAUUCGUUUUUACUGUUAUAACAAUGUUUUUUUUUCAUUUUUCUUUCUCGGGAAUAAAGAAUGAUAGUAGUAAUGACUUAUUGAUGGCAUGGGAGCAAACAGCCAGUGGCCACCCCUGCAUAGUUUUUUUUCAAUUGAGUCUCUUCGACAGUAAUUCAUGUUUACAAAUCAAUUCUUUACAUGAUUUUCGUCAUCAGCCCUUGCUUAUGUCCAACGACUUGCGUGACAUUGAUGCCAGAUCCAGAGGAAUUCUUCUGAACACGUAAGUCACGUGCACUGUCACUGUAACUGGCACUACAAAACUCAGCAUUUCAUUGUUUUAACAAAUUAAGCUCUCUGCGUUGUAACAUCUAAGCCAUGGUAUCAUUUUUGUUACUUCUCAAAGGCUAACGCGCCCACGAGUCAACGGAAACGAUGUACACCUGUUUUAUUGCUUCCAGAAAUGUCUUUAUGCUUUUCUAGUAAAAUUCUUCGUCGUUGCUGCGGAGGGGAAUAUCUCAUUAUGAAUCGGCGACUGGUCACUUGAGUUAGAAAAGAAUGGAGACAGAACGGAAUCCAGACAGUGCCAGGAAUCCGCCAAUUAACUAACCAACAAAAAAUUUACCACACAUUCCAAUAAACCCAUUUUUUACUCCUGAUGCAAUUAGGCCCAAAUUUGAUAUGUAUUUUACAGAGAAAUAAUCGCUGUAAACCAAGACAAGCUCGGAAAACAAGGCAAGCGAGUGGUUCAGGUAAAGCGAAAUUCAAUAUUACUAGUAAUUUUGAGCAGAAAGUUGCCUACGUCUGGACGAGUCGUUUUCAAGCGUCUAUGACCUCAAAACAUACAGAAUUAAGAUGUCUUUCUUCUUCUCCACUUGAAAGAUGCCUUCGACACGAUUGCUUGAAAUGCUAAGCUGCUAUGACCAAUUGGGACAAUGGUUUUGAUAAUCUUUUUGGAAGAGCAUGGUACAAACGAAAAAUUCUGGGUCACCCACGAGGAUUUAAAACCUUGGGAACUUCCUAUUCCGCCGUCGGAUCGGUACAUUCUCAUAAGGCUAAAGGCUGUUUAUCGGGUUUAUAAGCCAUAAGCGUUAAUCUUGCAUACUGCCAGAUUCUAGCAGCAAUAUCAAAAGCUGCUGAUCAUUAAGCAUAAAGUUUGCUAUCCUUCUAAUAGUUAAACUUUUAACUUCCAUGAGUGACCAAGACAGGAUUUCUUCUUACAAUAAAAUAUCAAGCAGACGACUAAUGAGAAUAAAAACUAACACUAAUUAGGAGAUUUUUAGUUGAUCCUAUACCAAAUUCUCGAAACUAACAGCACGAGAACUGUAUGGUAGACAGUGAGGAGAAUUGCUUGUGAGAUCCAGGGAGUUAAAGGGUUGACUGAUCGUAGUAGCUUUAUUUCCUUCCGAUAGAACAAAAAAUCGUUUACGGAGGUAUGGGUACGACCCUUGUCAGACUGCGGGAGUGUAGCUGUGGUCCUUCUUAGCCUGAGAUCAGAUCUACCUUCUGACGUGGAAGCCUCGUUCUCUGACGUAAGAAUCCAUCCUCUAUCCUCUUCUGAAGCUUAUUGUCUGGAAAUACCAAAUUUAGCUUUAAUCACCUUAAAAAUACUGCACAAUCCCUUUAAUGAUGUUUCCCAAGUGUAUGUGAUACCUGCCUUCUUUUUGGGUAAAAAUAUGCCGAGUGUGUAUCCUUUUUAUGGAGAAAGUACUUUCAAGAAUUUGCCACCUUUUUGAUCAUAGCUUAUUUUCACCAAUGCUAAAUUUAGAUCUUCACUCUCGCUGUGCAUUCCCACCUAAAAUAAUGUAAUAUUUUCCGACCUAUUACGAAACGAAUUCCCCCCUGACAAUAAGCCCUUAUGGGUGUAUCAGGAUAUCCUGCACCCUUAUUUAUUUAAUCUACUUCGGUAUUCAACUUUAUAACGUUUUUAAAUAGUGGGUCGAAACAAAGAUUGUUGAUUAGUGGGGUAUCAGGAUACAGGACGACCAUUCCAUAGGGAACAUCCCCUUCCGUGACCAAAUCGAUGUCCCGACAAAAAAAUAUGUUCUCUAAAACUCACUCCUCUUGUGAACUAGGGUGCUUAGAAAAAAAUCCUGGGGGUACGUCCUCCCAUGUUCCCAACCCCAGUCAUCAACACGUGCUAAGCCAACUGUUUCUAUUCAAACGCAGGUCGGAAUUUCAACAAAAAGUGCUUGUGCACGUGACCUGUUUGCUCAUCAGCAGCUAGGAAUGUACAACGAAUCAUUUACAGCCAGAGUGAACCCUAGUGGGGUGGCCAUGGUGAAACUGACGCCAAUCUGCGAAAAGAAAAAAAAAUCACUCAAAAAGAAAAGAGGAAAAGGAAAAGAAAGUCAUAAAAGGAGUUGCUGCAUGAUCAGUUGUUGAUAUAAUUUACUAUCACGAAUCUCUUGAUUUGAGUUUCCUGAUUCAUUUUAUUAUUGCAACGAAUAAAGGGCUAUGAAAAAAUCCGUUUGAAAUGUUUUCUUACCUUACAUCACUUUUUUCCGGUCUAUAGCCAAAAAGGGAAAAAAAUUAAAUAAUUCACAUUUUUAUUGCCUGAAUGACUGAUUUCAACAAAAUAUUGAUACUAUCUUGCUGAUUAAUUUUCCCUCGAGUGUUAAGAUCACGCAAGUUGUUCCCUCGCGCGGAGAGUGGGAGAUCUCUCUCAGGCUGCGAGUGCCGUGCAUCAAGCAAUCUCGUGAUUUUCUCGCACAGAAACUGAACAUGGCGGAUAGUCACUGGGUUUUUGCGGCUGUAAUUCUGGUUAUUUUAGUCACAUUCCCCAACAAGGAUGCAGUUGUUGGUUUGGAUAACGGCUUAGCUCUGACACCACCAAGUACGGUUACUCAGUUCAAUUUAUAAGUUUAAAAAGAUGGCUGUUUAAAUUCUGCUGACUUGCAGAAUACACUGAUUUCAUAUUCGUUUCCCCUGAGAUAAUUAAUCACGGUAACAGAUGCAUUGUUCGGUUUUACUUCAUUUGCACAGUGGGCUGGAUGGACUGGGAAAGAUUUAGAUGCAACAUCGAUUGCAACAAGGAUCCAGAAAACUGCAUAAGGUGAGUUCGUUGUUUUAAGACAAUUUUCUCGUAGUACCAAUUGAAACUGAAAUGGUAGAUAAAGUACGGAAGUGUAUCUCACACUCUCUGAUUAAAUGUUUAGUGUUGAUCAAUAAAAACUGAAUGCAUGAAAAUAUUUUUGCAAUAUAUAUAUAUAUAUAUAUUUUUUUUUAGAGGAUUAGCAACUUAAAAACACCCAUAGCGUCAUGUACAAAUUAGAAAUAAUGACAUAAGGUGGCAAAAGUUUGCAGGUGACAUGUGACGAAGGUCAUUGAGCCCAAAAUUAAUACGCGGCGCUUAAAUUAAACAGGAAGCCAAGGUAAGAUAGGAUUUGAAGUUUUUCCUUGACAAUUCGUGAGGCACGAAAAAGUGAUGCGUGUAUUUUUCUAAAAUUUGUGCGUGACACAAGAUCAGGACCUUUCCCCCUCUCAUUGCUACCUUUUGAUCAAAGAUGAGGAAUGGGAGGGGAGGGAUGGGGGAAGGGAACGGGUGUUGACUGGGGUUGGGUACCCUUAAUAGUCUUAAUUGGUUAUAAUCUCAGAACAUCAAUCUUUUUGGUUACUAGACAGAUAGCCAGCUUGAAAAAAUUGGCCACCACAAGUUUACAAUCUUCACUGAUUCUUUUAAAGAAUUUUCUAAACAGCGACCUUGCUGAGUCUGUACCUCACCUGAGAUCUUCAUCACCUACAGUACAAACAUAAGUCACCAGAAAAGUUCCAAGCAGAAAAGUUAUAAACUCUAGAGGGAGCUUUCGUUUAAAAUUUAACCAGGAGCUGAAAAUACUUUUUUUUAUGAUCUGUCUUAGUGAACAUCUGAUCAAGCAGAUGGCAGAUCAUCUUGCUGAAGAUGGUUAUCGAGAUGCUGGAUAUGAAUAUGUUAGCAUUGAUGUAAGUACCUUGAAAUCUCUUGCAAUGUACUGUUGUCAUUGAUUUCUUGAAAUCUCAAUGUGAUGUAAACAUUUCAUUAUAAUGACAACAAUGAUGCUGAUGACAAUAAUGAGGUUGAAAACCAUGAUGAUGAUGACAGCAAUGAUGGUGAUGAUUUUUUCCUUGUUGGAUUUAACUUCACAUAUUUCAGGAUUGUUGGUCAAACAAAAAGCGUGAUUCUUCUGGCAAUCUACAGCCAAACAGUACAAGAUUUCCAAGUGGGAUGAAAGCAUUAGCAGAUUAUGUAAGAUAAUGUAUCUCUUACUGGUUAUAAUAUGAAGAGUUACUAACUUAAAACUCUCCUGCUGAUCUGGUGUGUUACUUUUUCAGAUAAUAAUAUUUAACAAGCUAAUUAACUAGGCAAGAAUGUCUCCAAUUUUUUAUUGUAAAUUUUACUGUUUCUUUAUAGACUUUCCCGUGUCAGAAUAAGUUUGUUUUGUUUCCUUCAUGACACUAUAUUGAAUUUGUUAAAAUUCUUAUUUGCUUCUUUAAUAACUUUAUAUUAGUUACACAGUAAAAGACUGAAACUUGGAAUGUAUGCUGGUGAGUAUCUACUGAUUGAAAUUUUAAGUCAAAGUGUAAAUAUGUUUAGUAUUUUUGACUGAAUCUGUCACUUUUCAAGUAACUACUUCCUGUGAUCAGUUGAAAGCAGAUUUAACAACUUAUUUUUAAUGCUAACUGAACAGGUAACAUUUUUUGUAUUAAAGGUGAGCUAUCUGUGUUGUAGUAAUAAAUUUUGCUAAUUCAUUUUCUCAAUAUCAUCUUUUAUAAAUACCCCUGUUCUUUAUUUCUAUGAUCUCUAACAGAUUAUGGCUUUUUAACAUGUGCUGGUUAUCCUGGGAGCAUUGAUCACAUUGAACAAGAUGCACAAGUAAGCUGUUGAUAAAAUAUUCUUCUCUUUUGAUCAUAUAGAAUGAUCAUCCCAGUAAAGGCACCACUAAAAAGACCUGUCAUCAGUGAUACUGGCUGAUGGUCUAAUAACCAAGAGAAGAUCAUUACUGGAUACAAGGAAAAUACUGACUCUGAUGUUGACUUUCUCUUGGGUUGCUUAACCUAUAGGCAGUGUGAAAGACUGCUAACCCCUCUGUCUCUAAGUCUUAUUAAUGCCUUAGUCUUCCUGCUAUGUAUUCAGUGAAUUUCUUCCAAGUUUAGCUCAGAUAAUUAGAUGUGAAACAAUAUUAACUGGUUUAUAGCUUUGCUUUCUUCCCAUCUCUUUACUGCUUGAAAAAAUACACAUAAUUAGUGUCAGAUGAAAUUCCUUUUGCACCAGACCAGGGAGUUAAGUUUGGGUACAAAUCCAUACUGAAUAUUCACUGUAAAAAUCACCAAUUUAUCUGACAGGACCCAGUUGUUCAAAGGCAGAUUAGCGCUAACCUAGGGUUAAAUUUAAUUCCAGGCUUCUUAAUUUCUUUGUUCAAAAGCCUUUUAAGGGAAAAUUUUCCCUAAUCUUUUUAGAAUAUCCAAUGAUUAAAUUGCACGCAAAAAUAUUUGAACCAAAUUCCUUUUAAAGCUUUUAUACCUGAAAUCAAAUUUCACACUAACCCUGGGUUAUCUUAACCUAGCCUUAAACAACCUGGGCCAAUACUGAAAAUUAGAAACUUCAAUAGCAUUUCAACCCAUAACCUUUGCAUUACAUGGUUCCCUUCAUAGUUGUGAGGGUGACUGUCCAUGUUAUCACUUUUGUACCACUGUUUCUUUCUCGUCAAUUAUAAUCAUACUUUUCAGACAUUUGCAAGUUGGGAAGUGGAUUAUCUCAAAGUGGAUGGUUGUUACGCAGACCCUGCUCUGUUUGAUGUCGGCUAUCCAAAAUUUACUCAAGCUCUAAAUGCAACAGGGCGCCCAAUAUUACUCAGCUGUGAAUGGCCUGAUUACCAGUCCAGAGCUGGAAUAAAGGUUGCAACAGAUACAAGAACAGUAUUGCUAAUGAAGUUAUUUUGUGCUUAGAUUAACAAAUUUUUAUACUUACUGGACUUGAAAUGACAAAAACACUAUUUUAAGGGAAAAUUGCUGCAACCUAGGUAUUUUAUGCUAUUUUAUGGAGAAUCUCAACUUUGCUCACCACUGUAGCUGUCUGGUUAGAAAAAUAAUAGAUCAUCAAUCCUAGUAUUAACCUUUAACUCCCAAGAUCUGAUUGUUAAUUCUCCCCUCCAGCUGCUACACAUUUCUUUGUAAAUUAGUUAUGAGAAUGUGGUGUUAGAUCAAGAUAGCAGCUUCUACCUGAUAAGUUUGAAUAUUCUCAUUACCUGUUUGCUGAGUAAUGUAUGGAUAUUAUAGGGAGAAGUUUCAUGUUAAUCACUUCUAGGAGUUAAAGGGCUAAAGCCCAAAAUGGCUCAUUUCAGCCGCACUUCUUCCAGCUUUUCCCAAGGUACAUCCCUGCCUGCCUCCUCUCCCCUCCCCACUGCCCCCAAGCAUUUGUGCACUAAGAACCUUCCUCCUUGAGUAUUUCAAAAUAGGUUACUUUAUGUCAUGUAUUAGAAUGUUUGGAGUAAUUUUCUCAGUAGAAGAAUCUGUUUCAACAGUCCAGAAUUUUCUGUUGAGUAUUGGAAGGAUAGUUUAUCAACUAGUGAAAGUAGAGAAUAAGUUGACUGAGGAUGGUUUUGAUAAAUUUCAACCUUAUAACACCAUCCAAAGUCAUUCCUUGAACUGAAAAACGUUUUAUUCCAGCCUGACUAUGCUGCUAUUGCUAGAAACUGCAACACCUGGAGAAAUUACCAAGAUGUACAGGUUGGAGAGUUUGUUGAUCCGUUCGUUCUUCUUUAUUUAUUCAAAUGUAUUUGUUAUUUAAGGUAUUUACUCAUCUUUUCAUUCAGCCUUGUUAUAUCCUGUUUCUGUUUAAACCAGUAGUAAUAGUAAUUGUAUUAAGUGAAAUGCAAUGUGUGUAGCGCAUAUAUACUUGGAGUUGGCAACUCCUAUACCGUGUUUUUUAUGCAUCACUUUUUCAAUCUUCAUUAACAGGACUCGUGGAAUAGUGUUCUAGGAAUUUUGGAUCAUUUUGCCGAGAACCAAGACACGUUCGUUGCAGCGGCGGGACCUGGGCACUGGAAUGACCCAGAUAUGGUAAAACGCUAAGCCAGCCAGCUUGUAAUACCAAGUUAUCAAUAUAUUAUACCACAACCGUAGAGCAAUUUUUGCUUAAUUUUUAAACGCAACUCAGAAUCGCAUUGGCUUUGCUUUACUUUGCUUUGUGAUUGGUCUAAAAAAGUCGCGUUACAUCCUCAACCAAUCAGAGACAAAACUAAAUCCAAUCGCGCCUUGAUCGCACGCGUUUUCCCGCGCUAUUAAGCGAACUUGAUGCCCUUAGUAUCAGCUCUCUCCAGAAGUAUGUAAUAAGUUGGAUGUUUCUGCUCACACUGGUUGUCUAUCAAAAUAUUGCUCUUCGUCCUGAUUUGCCACUGUGAUAACUUUAGUUUCUUUGAUUAAGAACUAAAUCAAUGAUAUUUGGGUAAUUACUCUGGAUACAUUUUUAAUAGUUUUGUUUUAAUUUCCCUCUACAGCUUGUCAUUGGUGAUUUUGGGCUAAACUACGAACAAUCUAAAGCACAGUUUGCACUUUGGUCAAUCCUAGCCGCAGUAAGUUAAGCCUCUUUCACUGUCAUGAUGUGUAUGGUGCGUAUGAUUAGAUAUGUUGAAGCAGAUAAAGCCAGGAUUGAGUCCUUUUUUCCUUGUGCUGGUCAAGCAUUUUUAGGCCGUGGAGAAGCAAUGUGCUCUGAAUAUUUCCAUGUUAAAAGGGUAUGAUUGCUAACCAGAGAGUGUUCUGAUCGUGAGGAUUUUCUGAUAACUUCCAUAUUUUUUCUGUAGACCAUCGAAGACUUCUGAAGAAAAAAGGAAAGUUCGGAAUAAUCAAUCUUUUCGAAAGGAAUGUCGCUCUGCAAGUGCCAUUUUCUGGAACAUGUAGGAGAAUGCAGUCUUAGAUUGUAUUUGUGCGCCACAGAAUGAAGUGAUUAUUUAUCUCAGAUGUCACAAAACCAUGAAAGACAACCUCAUAAUUGCAUCACGCCCUCGUAUUUCUUGGUUGUUUUAUUCUUUUCCUGAAUAUGCAAAUUUACUGAUCACGUGUCUUUAUUCUGAUGUACAGCCACUUAUCAUGUCCAAUGAUUUGAGGAAUAUCUCAAAGGAAGCCACAGACAUUCUUCUAAACAGGUAUAUUCAUUACAUCGCUUAACGUGCAGGGUUCAAUAGGAGAGUUUUAGCCUAUCGCGUAGUGAGAUCGUCCGAGUUUGGAAAAUCCUGAAAAAUCAAAGUCGUUUUGGCCAAGCUGCACAGCCGUUUAAGUUCCUUGUUGGCUUAAAGAUCGUAAAUAUUUCUAUUUUACUCUUGUAUGUACAACCACCAGAGAAGUAAUUGCUGUUGAUCAAGACAAGCUGGGAAAAAUGGGAAGAAGAGUGGUAUGUAUACUUUUUUUAUUGUUAUAAGAUAAGCUGAAUUAUACUCGCAUUUUGAGGACAGACGCAUUGAUGACGUCACCGUUGACAAUGUUUUGUUUUUAUUAUUAAACGAAAAGAUUUCAUGUUACUGUGGGUCUUUACGGCAAUAGAUCAUAGAUAGCGUCAAAAUACGGUAAUGACAUCAAUGACACACACAACAGCGCUUCGUAUGCCUCUUUUUUGUUCUUGCUACGUUUUUACUAUUUUACGUGAUCUACUGCGGAAUAAACGCAUGGAAUCUAUUAAUUUGGGAACGUGGAAAUGCAUACGCUGACAAAAGUUAUUUCAUUAAUUCCAUCAUAACACAAAACACUUUCCGCAUCAAUGGCCAAACUUUCGAAAUUGCCAAAAUCUUCUCAAAACAGCUUUGCUUAGAUUUGAUGCCAUGAGUUAAUAAGACUUCAAGUCAUUGGUUUAUCUCUGUGCUAACUGACCAGCACCCCAACUCUUCUAAUAAUUAACCGUGUAUUCUGCUCUUAAGUUAUUUUGUUCUGCUUUUCUCAACAGUUCGCUGAAAAAGAUCUGGAAGUGUGGUCACGUGCCUUGUCUGAUGGCAGUGUGGCUGCUGUGCUGUUUAAUCGCAACGCAGGCUCAGCCCAGGAAAUCAAAGCUGAUUUUGAACUGGUUUGUGUGAAUUGACAUUACUAUUUUAUAAUGGGACUUUAUUAUCUAACUGUGAAGUUCUUUUCCUGAGUCAUGUACGUCUAAAGGCCAACAAUGCUUUGAAAUAUUUGCUGUUCCACUGAAACCCUUUAAGAUGUUCGCCUGGAUGGCUUACUCCCCAAGUAACUUGCGUAACGGGCAGAAUUUAAGGAGGAAGAAAAAGAGCUGUUUAAGAGUUGAUUGCUCAUAGAAUAGGAAACAAUUGCAUCGUUUUAGCACUAUCGCAUCCGUAGAGCUUUAAAAUUAAAGUGUAGCCAGUAACAUAUCAGAGUCAAAAAUUACUACACCUUUUUUUUUUUUUUUUUGCGCUACAGAUUGGAUUGACAUCGAAGACGGCCUCUGUCAGAGACUUGUUUGCUUGUGAAGACUUGGGUCAGUUUACCAAUUUCUUUAGUGCCAAAGUAAAUCCCUCAGGGGUGGUCAUGGUAAAGUUGUCACCGGUUAAAGACGCCUUAUUUUAA